CCGGAUUAUAUUCCGAGGCCGGCGAAUGCGUUUAUGCUCUUCAGGUCGGAUUUCAUCCGGAGGAAGCAUGUGCCUGAUGGGAUACAGACAAGCCAAGAUACGCUUUCCAGGAUCGUUUCGCAAUGCUGGCACGCGCUCCCCGAAGACCAAAAAGCGCCGUGGAAGGUCAAAGCGGAACACGAAAAGGCCGAACACGCGAAGAAAUACCCAGGCUACGUCUACCGCCCUAACCACUCGAAAACA